CCAACAAAACAUAACUGACCAUGAAGGCACACACUGGUUCGUACCCUUUCAAGUGAAAAGAGAAACCGUUGCCCCCAAUUCCAUUGUUUCGUUGAAUUGGAAUUGGAGGCAGGAAACAAGGACAAUUUCGAUGGCCGAUGAUAAUCACCGUGGCGUGAGACUGCUAUGCCGCCCGAAGCAACUCAACACCAAAGGAUCCGACCCGGGAAUCCAUUUCUGGCUAGUUGGAUCCCCGUUCCUCCCGCCGCUCACCGUCGCUUCCUUUCUCCGAUGUAUCCAUUCUCUCCCCUCCUCCUCCUUGCCCGAUUUCCACAAGGAAUCGGAGGACCUGCGCACACUCCUCCCUAAAGGCUUCGAACUCAUCGGAGCCGUAGCCUCCGGCGAGGAUUCCGACGCUCGUGCGGCCGUGGACGCCGCUCGUUCAUUACGGAAACUUCUCUAUCGGGAAGGAAGGGAUUGCCAGCUGAUUGGAGCGGUUUGCGGUUCAGAUUCUGGCGAUCUGCGGUUUUUUGUGUCUGAGAGUGGGAAUGCGACUAGCCUUGAGGCUGUUCCAUCGGUAAUAGAGGAACGGGAUUCGGAGAAAUGUUUGUGGGAGAAUGCUUGCCUGCUUCGUUGUGAGCUUCCCAUUAAGUUGCCAGUCUAUUAUGCUCUCAAAAAUCCAACCGAUGUUGAGAAGGCAUAUGUACAAGCUAUUGAAGCUCUUAUUGCCAAGUUAAGAGACCCUCAGGCUGUGUACAUGUUAGAAACAACAAACAAAACCUCUCUGGAUAUACCUCUUUCUGUCAUAAUUAGAGGUGUACAAUUAGACUUUUAUGCAGACCUCUCCAAGAUCAAGACUUUGGCUGAAGAUGAUGAUGGCUCCAAUGCAAGCUCACUAUCAUGUUCAUACUUUUCCAAUCACAGUAAAGCAGGCUCACCAGUUUUUUCUGCAGAGAAUGCAGAUACUAUUCAAGUUAGUGUUCUCUUUAAUAGCUUCGGGACAUCAUCAGCUUCUACUGUACCUGUUGCAGAAUACUUUCCAGUUGAGGAGGAAGCUAGACUCCUUGUUGUGGAUAUUAAGCUAGAUGUACUCUGCUAUUCUUCCAGGGAGCUUCCACUAAAAUAUGCAGUUUCAAGUUUAAUCAUACCUGGCUUAGUUGACCAGUUAAAUACAGUGCAAAAGUUAAUGUUGCCUAACCUAUUGGCACAACAUCCCCAGCCAAAAUCUUAUCACUUCAGUCCUUCUGGUAUUCUGCAUCCAAUAACUGUUUUCUAUGAACUAAGUUUUGGGGAGACAGAAAUGAAGCAAGUUGAAGUUAGGAGAUCCCUGCACUCAAGGUUGGGAUUACCCUAUGAUCGUCCCCUUCUUAGAAUUUCUAAUGCCUUGGAUUUUUCGAAAGUCAAGAGCAUUGGGAUGAUCUCUCUACAGAAAGGUUCGACUUUGCUCAGAGAUGUCCACUUUGGGAUUCCAAGUAGUGGGGUUACGGGGGGAACUGUUUCCCUUGUUCAAGGUUCAUAUGAAUACUUCCAUUAUCUUCAUGAAGGUUAUAAUGAUUCGGGAUGGGGUUGUGCAUACCGCUCUCUCCAGACUAUUAUUUCAUGGUUCAGACUUCAAAACUACACGUCCAUAGAAGUUCCUUCUCAUAGGGAAAUACAGCAGACACUUGUUGAGAUUGGUGAUAAAGACCCUUCUUUUAUUGGAUCAAGGGAAUGGAUAGGUGCAAUUGAAUUGAGCUUUGUUUUGGACAAACUUUUGGGUGUUACAUGCAAAGUCAUCAAUGUUAGAUCUGGAUCUGAGCUGCCGGAAAAAUGUCGAGAGCUAGCAUUGCACUUUGAGAACCAAAAUACACCAGUUAUGAUUGGUGGUGGUGUACUAGCAUAUACACUCUUGGGAGUAGAUUACAAUGAAGCAAGUGGAGACUGUGCAUUUUUAAUACUUGAUCCCCACUAUACAGGUUCGGAUGAUCUAAAGAAAAUAGUGAAUGGGGGAUGGUGUGGGUGGAAAAAGGCUGUUGAUAACAAGGGAAAGAAUUUCUUCUUGCACGAUAAGUUCUAUAAUCUACUAUUGCCCCAAAGACCCAACAUGGUCUGAGGCCUAGCUUCUAUUGCAGAGAGCUCCAAAUGGAUACCUAUUUCUUGCAAUGUAGAGUAAUUGUUCAUUUAGUUACAUGUAGUUCUGGUAAUUCGUUGCCUCACUUUUUGGUUAUUUAUGUUCUGUAAUUGGGCUGAUUCUUGGGCAAAAGGUCUUCUUCUUGGGUUAUAAUUUUUCUGUUAAGGUUUUAGUAAAUUUUUCCAGAUCCAGGUGAAGGUUAUUUUUUAUCAAUAUCAAUCAAUGUUUUUUCUUGAUGUAUCAA